CGUUUGCGGGAGUCCCUUCGAGCGGCCUUAGGGGCUGGAGAGAUGCUGGGCCGAAGUCGUCUCGCCUUUGUCCUCCUGGCCGCGGCCGUCACUUGCGCCGUGGCGCAGCACGCGCCGCCGUGGACAGAAGACUGCAAAAAAUCAACUUAUCCUCCUUCUGGACCAACCUACAGAGGACCAACUUCAUGGUACACCAUAAAUCUUGAUUUACCACCCUACAAAAGAUGGCAUGAAUUAAUGACUCACAAGGCACCAAUGAUAAGAGUUAUAGUGAAUUCCCUGAGGAAUAUGGUAAAUACAUUUGUGCCAAGUGGAAAAAUUAUGCAGAUAGUGGAUCAAAAGUUGCCUGGUCUACUUGGCAACAUUCCUGGACCUUUUGAAGAGGAGAUGAAGGGAAUUGCAGAUGUUACUGGGAUUCCUUUAGGAGAGAUAAUUUCAUUCAAUGUUUUCUAUGAAAUUUUUACCAUGUGUACCUCAAUAAUAACAGAAGACAAAAAAGGUCAUCUUCUACAUGGAAGAAACUUGGAUUUUGGAGUAUUUCUUGGGUGGAAUGUAAAUAAUAAUACCUGGGUCAUAACUGAGGAACUAAAACCUUUAACAGUGAAUUUGGACUUCCAAAGAAACAAUAAAACUGUUUUCAAGGCGUCAAGUUUUGCCGGUUAUGUGGGCAUGUUAACAGGAUUCAAACCAGGACUGUUUAGCCUUACAUUAAAUGAGCGUUUCAGUAUGGAUGGUGGUUAUCUGGGUAUCCUAGAGUGGAUUUUGGGAAAGAGAGAUGCCGAAUGGGUGGGGUUUAUUACUAGAUCAGUUCUGGAAAAUAGUACAAGUUAUGAAGAAGCCAAGAAUAUAUUGACUAAGACCAAGAUAUUGGCCCCGGCAUACUUUAUCUUGGGAGGCAACCAGUCUGGAGAGGGUUGUGUGAUUACACGAGAAAGAAAAGACUCUUUGGAUGUAUAUGAACUCAAUCCUAAGAAGGGUAGGUGGUAUGUGGUCCAAACAAACUAUGACCGAUGGAAAAACCCCUUCUUCCUUGAUGAUCGCAGAACACCUGCAAAGAUUUGUCUAAACCGCACAUACCAAGAGAAUCUAUCAUUUGCAACUUUAUAUGAUGUCCUGUCAACAAAACCUGUCCUUAACAAGCUGACUGUAUUCACAACGUUGAUGGAUGUUACCAAAGGUCAAUAUGAAACUUACCUGCGGGAUUGCCCAGACCCGUGUAUAGGCUGGUGAGCACACAUCUAGCCUGUAGAGAUGCUCUGAGAUGUGAAGAGCGAUAUGCCAUGAGGCUGACCACCGCAGCUGUCUGAUCUCAUCCACAGCAGGAGAGACAGACUCCAGGCUGGUUCUGUUUGAGUCAUGAGCAUGUCCUUCUCAGUAUGUUUACAAUUUACAGACUGUUUUUUGCCACAAUUGAUUCUUCUUAUUUACAGGUAACUUCUUUAAGUGAAGUAAAACAGUCAUUUAGAA